AUGUCUAAUAUGGAAGGUUGCCAGGUCUUUGAGGCCUUUAACCAAGACUUCGUCGUAGAUGAACGUUAUAAUGUGACCAAGGAGCUUGUCCAGGGUUCCUGCAGCAUUAUUUGUGCCGCUGCCAACCCCCAGACUGGCGAGAAAGUCGCCAUCAAGAAGGUUACAAAUAUUCUCGGCAAAGGGAUCCUCGCCAAGCGCGUGUUGAAAGAAAUCAAGCUGUUGCAGCAUUUCCGAGGUCACCGCAAUAUCACUUGUUUAUACGACGUGGACAUCCCACAACCGUAUGAUUUCAAUGAGGUAUAUCUAUACCAAGAUUUGAUGGAGUGUGAUCUUGGCGUCAUUAUUCGCUCUGGGCAGUCAAUGACCGAUGCCCACUUCCAGUACUUUAUUUACCAGACUCUGUGUGGACUGAAGUACAUUCAUUCGGCAAAUGUGUUGCACCGAGAUUUGAAGCCCAGUAACCUCCUUAUCAAUGCGGACUGUGAGCUCAAGAUCUGUGACUUUGGUUUAGCCCGUGGUUUCUCGAUCAACCCAGCGGAGAACGCAGGCUACAAGACCGAGUACAUUGCCUCAAGAUGGUACCGUGCUCCAGAGAUCACGCUUAACCUUGGGGGCUAUACUCAAGCUGUUGAUGUGUGGUCUGUUGGCUGCAUUCUUGCCGAGCUCCUUGGGGGUAAACCCCUAUUCAAGGGUCGUGAUAAUGUUGAUCAGCUUCAGCAGAUUUUACACUAUCUUGGUACGCCUGAGGAACAGACCCUGGCCUCUGUUAGCUCCCCAUACGCCCAGGAAUAUAUACGCAGCCUACCCACUAAGUCUAGGAUCCCAUUCAGUCCUAUAUUCCCUAAUGCUAACCCGCUUGCUGUCGACUUGCUCACGAAAAUGCUGAAAUUUAACCCAACGUCGCGUGUCUCCGCUAUGCAGGCUUUGGAGCACCCGUACUUCCAGACCUGGCAUGAUCCAUCAAGCGAACCUGACUGCCCAAUCCCAUUUGACUUCCAAUUUGACGCUGUGCAGGAUGAGUCGGAGAUACGCGACAUCAUCUAUGGUGAGGUGGUACAAUUCCGUGACGUCGUCGGACGCCAAUGGCAGGUCCAGGCCACGGUGCAUCGGGAAGAUAGUCUUCCCGCCCCUAUCCCCGAGACACAAUAUCAUGACUGGAAACAAGAGGAGCCCCAGACACUAGAAGUGCUUGCCGCCCAUGGUGGCCAUGAUUUGGAGUCAUCUCUUCAGCGGGGAAUGGAUGUGAAAUGA